ACCAAAUACGUACAGCAGCAGUCGACGCAUUCUAAACAGCUGUUUUCCAGAACCAAUCUCUCUCCAUUCCGUUUAUGUUGCAGCUGUGAACAAGUCGAAAACCUAAACUUCGUCAAGCAUAUGGACUUUUUUCUCUUGAAACAUACUUUAUGCAGUGAUUUAUAAUACUCUUCGUCGCACAACCACUUCGAUUCGCACAAUUAUCCUCAGGAAAUUGUGUUUUUUCUCCAGUUUAUUAUGGCAUCAACCGAGUCUGGCGCACGAUUUCAGGUGCUUAGCUACCCGCAGGUUGUGCGGUUGGACGAGGUGCUGACAACCCCGGUUGCCGUGCAUGGCAGGGGCAACUUCCCAACCUUGGAUGUUACUCUCUUGGAUUUAGUGGAAAAUGUUCGUGAAAAACUGGUUGACAGCAACAUUGAUGUCCGAUGCAUUCGAUUGAAUGGGGGUGCAGCUAGCUAUAUCUUGAGUACGGAUGAGAAUCAAUCGUACAACGACUUGGAUUUGAUUUUUGGAGUAGACCUGUCAAAGUUGGAAAACACAGGAAUUAUCCGUGAUGCUGUGUUCGAAUGCCUGCUCAACUUUCUCCCCAAGGAAGUUAAUAAGGAACGUAUGUCAUCGUGCACCAUGCAGGAAGCUUACACGGAGAAAAUGGUGAAAAUCUACAAUGAUAACGACCGCUGGAGCUUGAUAAGUCUCCUGAACAUGGCCGGCAAGAAUAUCGAGUUGAAGUUUGUUGAUCGAAUGAGAAGACAGUUUGAGUUCAGUGUGGAUUCCUUCCAGAUUGUUCUGGAUUCUCUUCUCUUCUUCCGGAAGAUAUCUGAAGUGCCCAUGACCAGGCAUUUCUAUCCUUCUGUUGUGGGAGAGAGUGUCUUUGGAAACUUUGAGGAAGCCUUGUACCACCUUCACAAUAAGUUGAUUGCGACGAGAAAUCCGGAAGAGAUCCGGGGCGGUGGGUUGCUCAAGUACUGCAACCUCUUGUCACGGGACUACAGCCCUGCCUGCGAGGAUGAGAUAAAAAAGAUGGAGAGGUACAUGUGUUCUCGAUUCUUCAUUGACUUCUCAGACGUUCUUCAGCAGCAUCAGAAACUUGAAAGCUAUCUGAGCACGCACUUUGCGGAAGAUGUGGACAAGUACGAAUAUUUGAUAAUCCUUCGGAGAGUCAUAGAUGCCAGCACAGUGUGCCUGAUGAGCCAUGAGCGUCGGCAGACUCUCAAGCUGAUCACGGACUUUGCCCAGAGUGUUCAGUGGUCACUCGCGUUCCAGUCGACCUCAAUGAAACCGGUCAAUCUGUACUCGCAGCUUCCAGUCACAUUCGCGGUGCCGCCACCACCAACAUCCCCUACCACCAAUCACAGCAACAGCUGGCAUUCUGUUGCCGUCCCUUCCCAUCAUCAACAGUACCACCAACCACACCAUCAGCAACAACACUACAACAACAGCAACAGAGGCCAAGGAAGAUAUCGCAACAACAUUCCCUUCAAGUCCCGGCAGGGAAAGAACAAUGCCUACAACUCCAGCUACAAUGGGAAGCCAAGAUUCAUUCCUCACAUGAAUAGCUACAGACAUGACCCUAAUAAUAAUAAUAAUCACAAAAAUGAGUUGAGAAAUAACAAUGUUGAUCGUAGGUGGACUAGUUGUUACUAAUCAGUGUCCACUAGACUGACUGAAAAUGGAUACUGACAUGUUUUCCUCAUUACUUUUUAAGACUAUGUGUUAUCUCAAAUAUUUGGAACAGAAAGCUUUAAAAAGGUACUAUGGAUAUUUUUAUAGUUGUGUAUUGAAUAAAAUAUCCAAUGCUGUUUAUUCUUGGUUAUGACUCAGACUUGCCAAUUUAUGUUCAGACACGUUAGACAAUUUUUUUGUAAAAGGACAAUAUGAAAUGCGUAUUCUUGCGCAAACUUUGGUUCCAUUCAGAUGUUAUUUUCCCCUCCCUGCCAACUGAUAUGUUUGUGGCAUAUCUGGGUCAGGAGAAGUAUUACAUUUACAUUUGGAAAUCAUUGCUACAACUUUGAAAUGUGCGUGUCUCAGAGCAGAAGGUCGUGUUAUGGAAUGUGAUGUCUUACAGUUACAUAGUAUGUUCAUGUACAUUUGUUCGAACCCCAGGCACAGACAGUGCCAUGAUUCCUCGAAAUACAUGUAAUGGGGGUCCAAAUUUGCAUAUUGACAUGGGCUAAGUUUCAGGUUGAUUUUGCAUGAAUAAUGUGCAGUAAAGCUUGAAAUAGCUAAGGUAUUCCAAACUUCUCAGUGAAGGUGCACAAGACAGUUGUGCAUUUAAUUGAUGGCUGGCAAUUGCAUUAGUAUUAUGAACUUCUCUGUUCACAAAACUUACCGGUACAAUUCUGUCAGUUCAAAUGGUUCUAAAGCAUUGAUUUUGAAAUCAUUAUAUAUCUGUCUAUCAGUUCAUUGAAAUGUACAUGCAUCAUCUCAAAUUUAGGUACCUUACUGUCAUAUUUUUCAGAAAGGAAAUUUGUAAUUUUUGGGACCAAGAAUUGAAUAAAUAGAAUAUUUAGAACAGAAAAGUAUCCUCACUCUUAGUUUUAAAUUGCACAGUGAGCGGUCAAAAUCUUUAACAGUGACAUUGCAAUUUUAUAGUGUGUAGGCUUUAUGGUAUUUACCUUUGCACUUCUAUAUAUGCAGGUGAAGGCCCAUGGAAAUUCCAACAAACUUACUCUAAAAUGGGGAAUUUUCUCUUCAGGUCUUGUUUCAACAUGCAUUACAUGUGUCAAUAUCGGGAUAACCAUGAUGAUUGCAAAACAGGUCAUAUUGACUGACUGAGUAUUAGAAGCAGAAGGUCUUUCAUCAACUGCUGUGAAACAAUAGGUAUUCCUUCCCUUUUAAUUCUGAACUGACAGUUGGUAUGAUUGCACAACAAGCCCCCCCUUACACAAGCAAUCCAGGAAGCUUAUGUACAUAAUGAAUGGGUUUAAAGGUCUGGAUUGUGCAAUGUUUCUGUUGUGUGUCCAUGGUUGAAUGGACCUUGGCCUGUGAGGGGCUUCAGACAGCCACAUAUAGAACUCAGCAAAGUAGACCCUCCCUUAGCCCUUGUCAAGCAAACAACAGGUACUUCUCACUUGUACAAUAUGGUCUGUGAUAAAGUGUGUGGGUGAACUGGGGACUGAAGACUAGUGUUUGUGGUUUCAUGGGUCCAUGGUGGUUUUUAUUAAAGUGCCUUGUAACGUUUCUCAGAAUUAGCAGAGAUCAUUUUCUGUAUAAGCUUCAAAUCCUAUUGGUCUUAGUCCUGGAAAGUUUUUUUUCUUUUUGUAAAUCGUAAAAUCCACCUCAUAAUUUUACAUACAGUACAGUACUGGUGAAUGAAGUAAUCAUUGAUUAAAUGUAGGCCCAAAUCUUCAUAUCUGUUGCAAACUUAUUUGUUCUUUGCCCACAUAAUCAGAACAUAAUUGUCCUAAAUUCUAAAAAUACAAUCAGGAAUGUUAUCAAGCUGUUUAUGCAUGCUGGACAUAUGAACAUUUUACAACCAUGGUAUUGGUAUUAAGUGGUAUUCACAUGUCAAAAAUGUAGGCUUCAUGUCGGCCUACAGCUUUAAUUAUUUUUAGAGCCCACUUUUCAAAAGAUGCUGGAGAUGAAACAUUAAGGUUUAAAAGGAAAGCAUUUCCUUGUAAAAUUAGGCUACUACUGCAAGGGAGGGAAUUGUUUAUGGCUUCAAUCUAAAUUUCCUAGAUUUUUUUUUUCCAAAUUCAUCAAUGAUAAUAAACAAUUUAAACGGUUAUCCUAUACAUGUACAGUGAAGGCUUAGAAAUCAAGAAAAUCUACUUUUAGAUUUUACAGCCUAGUGCUGCUUGUAAACAGAGCAUCUUAUUACAGUUUGAUGGUUGAUUGGAUAUUAACCAAGGUAACAUGUACUAGAAGAGGUUUUAAGAGAUCAUGAAAAAUCAAAGGAAGAAAAGAAAAUGCAGUUUCAGACAUUGACAAGCAGCUUACCCUUUGAUGCACUCUCAACUAUACAAUACACAAACAGAUAGGUUUAAGAAUGGAGCUAAUAUGGAAUAGGUCCAUGGUUUAAAGGGGAAGUUCACCCUGAAGAAAACUUUGUUGGAAAAAUAGCAGAAAAAAUAGUAAAAAAUAUUGGUGAAGGUUUGAGGAAAAUCCGUUAAAGAAUAAGAAAGUUAUUAGAGUUCAAAGUUUUGGAUUUGUGACGUCAUAAACGAGCAGCUGCCCCAUGUGUUAUGUAAUAUAAAAUGCAUAAAUUUCAAAUUUUAUAUGGUUGCUGAUGACUUAAUUUUGUUUUCUAUUCAUGAUCGGGUGUGAAAUGAUUUGUCUAUUGAUAUACAAAAGGUACAGUAAAAACCAUUUUCAAUUUUCUGAGAAAAUGAAAUUUCAUUGAUUUUUUACCAUUCGCUAUGUAGGAAUGCUGCUCGCAUAUGACGUCACAAAUCAAAUAAUUGAAAUUCUAAUAACUUUUUAAUUAUUUGAUGAAUUUUUCUCAAACCUUCGGCAAUAUUUUUUAUUAUUUUUUCUGCUAUUUUUACAAUAAACUUUUUGUCAGGGUGAACUUCCCCUUUAAGGUAUUAAGGGGUUUUGUGUUCACUCUAGUGUAAAACCAGGGGAGUCAAAGAGUCCCUGGUAAAACAUUUUUACACAAAUCAGCAUUCAAAUAUCAAUGACCAGUUUAACUUAAGAGAUGGGUUUUGGCUUUGAAUAGUUUGUUUUCCUUGAAGAAGCUUGAACUUUCUGACAGACUUGAGGUUGACAGAUGAACUCCCAGCUUUUUUUUUAUGUACAUGUAUCACGUCACAAUGUGACAGUUUCAAACAGGUGGCUUGUUGUAAACAUGGCUUGCAGAAUUGCAGGGGAUUGAAGUGUAUGAACAAGGGAGUUGGAAGUAGAUGAGCCAAGGUACUUAACCAAGGAAUAAGGGGGGGGGGGUAUUAAGACCUGAACUACAUUCUCUGCUUUACAGUAGGUGGUUUCAAACCGCCUCGAUCACAAGAAUCCCCGUUAAAUUACGAGAACUUUUUUAGGCUGAAAAAUACCCAUUAAUUAUUCCUGCAUUCACACCGCCCUGAAACAUACCCUUCGGGAUAAGUUCCUGAAGUUACGAGCAUGCGCAGUAUGGUCUGAUAAGCAGCAAGGCGCGAAAUUCAAAAUCACUAGCCCAGCAGCAACCCAUGCACGGCGCCGCACCCAACGACACGCUGGGCUAAAAGUUCCCGUAAUUUGCUUUCAGACCGCCAAAAUACCCACGACCUUGGAAAAAUCCCCGCGAAAGUUCUCGUAAUUUCGCCAAGUACCUACUAUUUAUCGGGUAUUUUCUUUCGGGGAUAUUACGCGUAGUUUGCUUUCAGACCGCCAAAAUACCUGGUAUUUUCUGAUCGGGGUAAAUUUCCCGAUCAGAGAAUACCUGGAACUGGCGAACUUCGAGGCGGUCUGAAACCAUCUACUAUGUAGGGCAUUGCUCAAUGGCUUAAAGGUCAAGUCCACCUCAGAAAUGCUUAACUCUGUGUUUCUAUACAAUGUACAUGUAGCAUAUAUUGUUCACCUAUGGGCUAUUGAAGACUAAUCUGUGCGGUUGAGCAAGGAUGAUUAAUUUGAAGUCUUAAAAAAAAAAAAGCCGCAACUUGCAAAAUGAGAAUCCAGAUUUUUAUGUCAGUGUCACAGAAAUUAGGAUUCUUUUAAAAGCAAUAUCACUGAAACAGAGACCAAUUUCAUGUGCAACUGUGAAAAUUAUGUACUCAUGUGCGUCUAUUUAAUUGCAAGGUACAUGUAGUUGUUAUCUUUGUAUGUACAUGUAGUUAUGCUUUUGUUGGUGGUUUUUGUAGCCUUUUUUUUGGAAAGGGUGUCUGAUCAGUUAAUGUUCUUGAUUCACAAUUUCAAUUCUCCCGGAGCAGCUGUGAAUACGUGUGAGUGUUUGUACAUAUGUAAGAAAAUAUUGAAAAUGCAGGUUUGCCCUCCAAAUGCUCAACCCUACAUGUAGAAUAUGAAGUUCAGCAGUAAAAUUACUCUCUUAUGCUUUUCAUCUGAGGCCAGGUCAGAUCAGAUUUUAUAUUUCAUAUUAAAUAAUAGAAAUCAAUUUUUUUUUUUUUACUGAGGCCGUUUGGACAUAUUUUCACAGCUUUUCAUUUUCUCCUGAAGUCUGAAAUUGCACUUAUGGUUGGUAUUCAAAUCGAUCAUGAUCAAUGUUUUGGGGAAAACCCAUAUAUCAUGAAACUAGACCUCAUUAGUAAUAUUAGAAUUGUUUGCUUUUGAAAUACAGGUGUUGUAUGAUUUUGUUCAGCAUAUUGGUCCAACAUGGAAUGACGGAUAUUGAUAGCAUUUUUCAUGAAUGUAAAUAAUUUGUCUCGGGUGUGUGAUGAAGGUUUGAAAAUACUUCAGGAAGGAAUGAAUAUGCACUGAUAAAGAGGGUUGGUUACUCAAGUAGACUAUAUUUUCUUUCACAAAUUCUGUUUAUUUUUUCUGAUUCCACCUUCUUCAUUGAAAUUAUGUACAUUUAUUGUACAUGCAUGUCUUUGUCAGAUUAUUUGGUAAGUUAUGACAUGUCUUUGGGUUUUUUUUUCACCCUUCCUGUGCAUUUGAUUGUAUUUGCUGGGCUAUUUUUUAAAGAGAAUUUGAAAGUAUUAGUGAUAGAAAAAUGGUCUACAUAUCAAAUUUGUAUUGAAAAUUAAUGAGCUUCGCUACUAUGAGGGCACAUAGAUUGUUGAAUAUAUAUGCAAAGAGAAAGGAUGUUGAUACAGAUUGCAUAUAUAGAUGUGCUGUGUACAUUAUGUAAAAUCUUUUUUUUUUUGGUACAAGUUACCUAUCUUUAUUUAGGAUUUGCAAGAGUAAAUAUUUCGAUGAUUUCUGGAAAGUUGCCAGUUGUGGGCAAAUUUUGUAUGCAAGAGCAUCUGAGGGCCUACAUAUCAAGUGCUAGAAUUUUACUCCAAGUGUAGCACUUUGACAUUAUGAGCAGUAACUGUAAAUUAUUUUAAAUGACAGUAUCUCUUCCUUUCUGGGCUUAGAUAUCCGUCUUACAAAGAGUUACGAUUGAUCCGAUCAAUCGCAACUAUGGAUGGCCAGCAAAGUCAACAUAUAAAAUGCAUAUUUUGUUUUUAAAAAAUACUAGAUAUGAAUGUAUAUAUCCAUAAAUUCAUUGAUUUCUUGACAAUUUGGUGCGUUCUUUGUUUUACAAAGGACAUUUUGCAAAUCUCCAUUAGACAAAAUUAUGAAUAUGAUGGAAUUCCAUAGAGUUACGAUUGAUUGGAUCAAUUGAAACUCUUUGUAAGACGGGGCCCUGAGCUUCCAAAUGUUGUCUGUGUGAAGAGAUGAUGGAUGAUGCAAGUAGGCCACCAGACAAAGAUGACAUUCAGCAUUUUGGUAAUAGUAGUUGUGUUCAUGCUCAAUAUUAUGUUGAGAAGCCCUGGUUUCAAAAACUUGAAAUCACGAAGCUAUCAUAAUCCCUUGAAAAAGAAGUUGAUACAAUUUGUGAAGUGCCCUGUACUCAGAUACACAGUGAUGGGUUGAGAAUCAGAAAUGCUCCUUUAUCUAUGGUGGAAGGACAGGCAGACUAAUAAUUUAUUUUUGCAAACCUGUAUGUUGAUUUUUUUUCUGUUCUGUCAUAUUCAAAUUAUCAUACUACCUCAGCAAUCCUACUGGAUACCCAUCUGCAGAACUAGUUUCUUCUCAAAAGUACUCGACUCAGAAAAAAAAAGUCCUUAAAUCACAGACUCUGAUGUACAUGUACGGAAAUCAAUGGUUAACGAUAGCAUGCAAGAAAAUAAUAAAAUAUCCCACCCUCCCCUAUGACCAAAACAGGAGAGAGAAAACAUAAUCAAUGUAUGCAGUUAUGCAGUGGCAGAGGGGAGGGGGUUAAUUUGUCCAGUAUUUAUCUACAGAGACAAUCAUUGUAAAUUGAUAAAAAUUAUGUGUAUUAAUUGCUGUAUCUGUAUGCCUGAAGCAAAUACAUUGUACCUGAUUUAUUGAUGGUCUAAUAAAUGAAUAAAAUGUACUUUAUUUUCAGAAUUUUGUACAUUUGUACAAAUUGUACAUGUAUUUGAACAAAAAAGAAAAUCAAAAGAUACAUGUACAGUGUAUAUAAAGUUACAGAGUAAGCUGGCAUGUUGUGUAAGAAGUUUAAUACCCAUACUGUACAUACACAAUAUACAGUUUACUUUUUGUAAUAUACAUGUAGUUUGUGGACAGGCAAAAGCUGCUUUAGAACAUGAAAGUACAUGUACACAAAGGUGUUUUUUCUAUAAUAUUCUUUUGUUUUUAGAACUAUAGCUGCCUUCUUGGCUCUCAACACUUGAAACUUGUUGGGUUAUUAUGCUUUUUGCAUUCCUUUUUCAGUACUAUACUUUCGUGUUGCAUUUUACUGUUUCAUGUUGAAUUAUAAUGUAACAAUUUUUAAUUUUAACUGAUGUUCUCUUAAUAUGCAGUUGUAGUGUAAACGUCAGGAAUUUAUUCUGAUUCUUUUUAGAACAGUGUAAAAGGAAUCAAAGAAUACAAAAUGGAUGACUUUAAAAAGGAUUUACAGGACGUUGUGUCAUGAAACUUGUCCCUGUGUGCUGAAUAUGCCUGAUAUCAAUGGUGAAUACCAUGGCAACAAUAGUCAACCCCCAUUCAAAAUCAAAGGAAAUAAUUACCAUGCAAGUUGUUAUUGCUUGCAACCUUUAAUAUCAGUGGGAAGUUUAAAUGCAACAGUCCCCGCCCUUAGAUAAGACGUACAAAACAAUGAUGUCAUGAUUAUGGCGUGCUAUAAGUUUGUGAUUUGAUUCUUGUCUGAGUCAUCGAAUCAGAAUAUUUUUUGAAGUGGACUUCAUAGUAAGGAGAACGACUGGGCAAUUAUGAACAGAGUUAAACUAGCGAUUCUUACAUAAUGGCUUUCAUUAGUAUGCUAACAUUAUGUGAAUGUGGAAAAGGUGUGUCAGAAAUACUUGACUAUGGUGCAAAAAAGCGAAUCCAUUAAGGAGGCUUGAGAAAUGUGUAAAACUUGAAAAAAGAAAAAUUUAUUUGUUUCUAGUAUAAUUUUUUCUCGCACUUUUGUUUCAUUUGCUUUGUCAUCCGUAUAUAAAUACCUUUUUCAAUUUCUUCCCAUAUUGUUAUAUAGGCCUAGUUUGUUCGUUUUAAUAAUGAUCCACGUUUUUCGUGGAACAUUUUACGCUUUAUCGAGUCUCUUGUAUAUAUGGAAUGUUUCUCGUGAUAUUCAAUAAUUAAGUAUCAUUGUUUGAAGUUCCACCCGAUUGAGCGAUAGUGGAGGUUGUUAAAAUGACAAUACCGAAUUCGAAUAUAAACUAUGGUGCCUUGAAUUUGUUCAGAGAAAAGGAAGUGUGUCAAAAAUUCAGUGUAAUAAUUCCUUAUAUUGUCAUAUGGGUUUGUCUAUAAUGUAUCAUAGGCCUAUAGGCCCUAAAUACCAACAUGAAGUAUAACUAAAUGCAGUUGAAUAGCCUUUAUUUCAAGAUUAAUUCAAAGACAACUCUGACUUCAUUAGAAGUAAGAUAUUAAUAUCCAUCUUUAAAUUCGAUAAAAAAUUGAUUUAGCAGGUCACAAUUUGUUUAAUAAAAAAAACUUCAGUCUGUAUAAAAGUAUUACACAUUCUUUGCGAGAUAAUCUGUUUAUAUAUAUGCCUUGUCCAUGUUUUUCUGUUUCUGUAAAGCUGUAUAGUUAAUGAUAUUAUUCUAUAUUUUUGUGCAUUAUUUUGAACUUACCUGUUCUCAUACAUGACACCUAUCCAGGUUAUAUUUUUAUUUCUGGAGAUGAAAAAAAAAGUUAUUUUAUGUUAAACUUAAAGGAGGGAGUCAAUGUGGUAUCAAUUCUGAUUAUGCUCUACAUUCAUUCUUCCUUGGAGAAGUUAUAGAAAAUAAACUAAAAUGUCGAAAAAAAAUAAUAAA